AUGUCCUUCAAUGGGACAGUUCCGGAGUACACAACGAUCGUGUCGGCAGCACUGCUCGCAACAGCGAACAUCACCGAUGAAGGGGCCGGUGUACUUGCCGGCAAUCAAACACAGAAAGCACCAACGCUAGCCACACCCUGCAUGGUGAUAGUGAUGCUUUCGUACAUUUUUGGCUGCGUUGGGAAUCUGAUUGCCCUCAUCCAUCUGUGGCGCAACGUACGCAACACGAAACAUGCGCUAAUGCUGAAAUGUUUGCUUACAAACGAUCUGAUUGGGCUAAGCGGCAUGUUUGUCCAGAUGUGUUUGCAUCUCUACAUGCCGGCCGACGUGAUACAGUCGAACAUGCACAAUUUUUGCAUCCUGCGCGUAAUUUGGCGUGUAUUUGGCAUCAGUUCCGGUUGCGUGGCGUUCGUCAUGGCCUUCGAACGCUACAUAGCGCUGGCGAAACCAUUCUUCUAUCAUAAGUACGUAACGGAUAAUCUGAUCCGCAAAUCGAUCUUCAUCCUGUGGGGUAUCGGGGCGUUCAUCACGUUUCUGCCACUAUUUGGCUUUGGCGUUUACUUCGACGAGCGGAAGAAAACUUGCGUACGCUACCGUAGCGCAACCGAACCGAUGGACGUGGCGUACGCGUAUCUCUUCUUCAUCGUUGGAACGCUGCUCUGCGUUGGCAUAGUGAUUUGUAAUCUUAGUGUAAGGAAGGUGUUGUAUCGAUCGCACCGUAAAAUGUGCCGCCAGUUUGGCACGAUCAAACCAACACCGAUGCUGAACCGAUCAAUGAGCCAAACGCCUAAAUCGUCCAGCUUUACCGAUUCCAAUAUAAUGCGUAUGUUCAACGAGCCCACGACGGAGGAAAUACGCUUCGCCAAGCUGAUGACCGUACUCAGUGUGUUCUUUCUCAUCUGCUGGCUUCCUCAGAUGAUCUCAAUCAUCUUGUUGCAACAGCUCAGUGUUGCGAUGAGGCAGAAGCUAUCGUGGGUGUUCCGAGUGUCCGAUAUACUGAUCUUGGUGCACUUUAUGCUCGAUCCUUACAUUUACGUGCUGCUGAAAAAGAGUCGCCGAAGCGAUCUACGCACCAUGAUCCGGUACAUGUUUAGUCGCAAUCAACGGUUCAACAUCGUCGAUGCUGCACUGUCACCGAUGCAAAAGUCGACCAACUCAUCACCGCUUCCGUAG